AGGGCCUCCGGCCUAGGCCUUCAUAGAGUAAUUAAAAUAUUCUUUGGUAAAAGUGUUCUGUGGCCUAGGCUCUAGCCUCUAUCUAUUCGUUUAGAAUUUUUACUAAAAACACAAAGACGGAAGUGUACGAAAUGGCGUAAAUGUUUGUGAAUUGUUUUACGAUUUGUAAAUAUAUUUUUAUUAAUUUAGACGCAAAUCCAUGCGAUUUAAGUUUUGUUGUAGGCAUAUGCUGUUCUGUUAUACGUUUUUAAUUCGUAUGACUUGUGAACGAGGAUAGCCUACUUAUGAAUGGAGAUUGUGUUUGCAUGUUGAAACGUAUAUUGUUUAUUUAGAAUUUAUCCGUUAUAAUGAUUCGUACGAUGGGUCCAGUAAAUGAUACUGUAGAUACAAGACAUGCUCCAGGGUUGCGUAGUCAUUCAGCUCAAGGCCUUGCUACAAAAUUAUUUAGCCCUUCUUUAAAAAUGCCACUGCCUCCUAGAUUGUGGAUAACAGAUAUAGAAGACGAGUCGUCAGAUGAUGGUAAUGGUGAAAGUGAAAUUUGUACUGGAACAGUUGAUAGAUCUAGAGUUAGAUCCAGAUACAGGCACCAUAAACAAAAAACUUCAACUCAAGUACCUAUUGGAAUAUUUUGGGAUAUUGAGAAUUGUCAAGUGCCUCGCGGUUGUUCAGCAAUUGAUGUGGUAUCUGCUAUAAGAACUAAGUUCCUUGCUGGGAAAAGGGAAGCUGACUUUGUGGUUGUGUGUGAUGUUAGGAAGGAAGCAGCAAAUAGACUUCAGGAACUAAAUGAUUCUCAAGUGAGCUUAAUACAUGUUUGCGGAACACAAAAGAAUGCUGCCGAUGAGAAGUUGAGACAAUGUAUGAGACGGUUUGGGGAGCUCCAUCCAGCUCCAGCAUCACUGCUCUUGAUAUCUGGUGAUAUCAAUUUUGCAGCUGAUUUAAGUGAUUUUAGACAUAGGAAAAAUAUGGAAGUGAUAUUGGUGCAUAAACAGAAUACAUCAUCAGCAUUAAUAGCGUGUGCUUCAUCACAUUAUUGUUAUAAUGAGUUAACCAAGCAUCUGCCGAGGAAUCCAAAGGUGAGCCAGACCGAAGAGGAUGAACCAAUAACAUGUGAAAUAGAGGUGGCUAACUUGCCAGUUGACCAUCCGCCGGAGAGAGUUUCAAGGAGACUGAGACGACUAGCGGACAACUGUGGAGGGAAGGUUGUGAGGGUCACUGCGCCUACAGCACUGCUGAGGUUCCCCACGUCUGAUCAUGCGUUGAGGGCUCUGAAACGCAUGAACGGCGAGGAUGUAUUUGGACGAAAAAUCACGACGCGGUACGCGAACGGGCGGGCGCCUCAGGCCGCGUACUCCAGUGAUGAAGGAUACAGCACCGGACCGACCGCAGUCGCGCCCGUAGCGGGCGAUCCCGUAGCCGUGCACGUAGCUGCGCACGUAGCCGCGCACGUAGCCGCGCCGCAAGCGCCGAGACCACAGUUUCAGCCGGCCCCGGCGCCCGCCUCGGAGCUGAGCGCGGGCCCCCCGGGCGCGGGGCCCCAGUGCUCGGGCCCCCCGGGUGCGGGCCCCCUGAGCCGGCAGUGGGCGCUGGCCUUACAGCAGCUGCCGGGCCCGACUCCGGCCCCGCACCACUUCUGCCCGCCGCCGGCACCCAAGCCGCGCAUGAUCCGAGGCACGCAUGGUUCCGGCAGCCUGGACCGCUCCGGCUGCUCGUCCAGUGCCAGCUGCGACAGUGGGGGCGAGACCCGCGCGGCCGCGUCGCCGUGGAACUCGUCCGGCAGCUUCAGCGAGCCCAGCGACGGUGAGGACUGGCCGCGCGGCGCGGAGCUCACCGUCACCAACCUGCCGCCCCUCCACGGCACCGUGCUGCAGGACAUGUUAACGAAGCUGUUCUCGGCGCACGUGCCGGUGCUGGGCGUGUGGGUGCGCGCGGGCGGCGAGGGCCCGCUGGCCCGCGUGCUGCUCCGCUCGGAGGGCGACGCGCGCCUGGCCAUCGCGCGCCUGCACAAGCGGCGCCUGGCCAGCCCGUGGGCGGGGCGCCGCCUGGAGCUGGCGCUGGGCCGGCCCGCGCCGCCCGCCGACCUGCGCACGCUGCGGGCGCGGCUGCGGGCCAUCCUGCUGCACGAGGACGACUACUCGCUGCCGCUCACGAGGCUGCGCGACAAGUACGCCAGCCGCCACAGCUGCGCGCUCACCACGCAGGACCUGCUGCGGGUGCGGGACACGGUGCUGGUGCACGAGGGCUACGGCCGCGUGGUGCAGCUGCUGGACGUGUCGCCCGCGCCCGCGCCCGCCGACCGCCCGCUGUGGAAGUGCGAGCUGCACGCCGCCUCCGAGCUGGUGGACGAGGACUGCACGCGGAUCCUGCAGCCCGUGUUCAUCGACGCGGCCGUGCUGGAGCGGAACACUCGCAGCCUGCUGGACGCUCACGGGGGUGUUCUGCCGCUGCUGAGCUUCGUAGAAUGCUACGAGGCCAUGCACGAGCCGUUCGUGUACGACUCUCGGUACGGCGUCGUGCUGGAGCUGCUCUUGAGAAACAUUCCCUCGGUCGAGCUGAAGGAGAGCCCUUACAGACACCUCACCUGGGCUAACACCGUGCAGAAUAUUUCCGACAAUAGCUCGGGGUCUGCCGGCUCGGGCUCCGAGGAGCGCGGCCGCACGGCGCCCCUGCUGGAGCCCAUGCUGGCUCUGUUCGAGCGGGAGCUGACCGACCUGCUGCGGGCCGCCACCAACUGCUGCAUUCCUUUCAGCAAGUUGAUUCCCAUGUUCCACCAUCACUUCGGGCGCCAGUGCCGCGUCGCCGACUACGGGUUUACCAAGCUGCCGGAGCUGCUUGCAGCACUCACCUCCACUAUUGUCGUUUUGGGGACGGGUUCGUAUCGGAUCAUAACUCUCUCGUCCGCGGCGCAGAGUCGGCGCUGGACGGCUGAUCUCGUCAAAAUAAUGAAGACUCAGGGCGGCCGGGCCGUCGGCCAACACGAGAUACCCCAGCUCUACGAAGCGGUCGUCAACCGACCGUUCUCGCCCGCCAGCUACGGCGUGUGCACUCUCGCCGAGCUCAUGAAGAAGGUGUCGCGAGAGGUCAUCGUGAACCCGGACGGCACGCUUGCCGUCCCUCGGGACGUUCCCGCUCCGGAGGAACGGGAGCGCACGCUGCACUUCGCGUUCCAGGCCGUCGAGCUUCUGAGCCUCACGCCGAACCUGAAGAUGGAGAUCUCGCGUUUCGGGCAAUCGUAUCGGGCGCACUUCGGCACCCCACUCCCGGUCGCGCUCGAGGGACUCCAGAAACUGACGGACUUGUUCGAAACGAUCCCCGAAGUCGUGUCGCUGAGCGUCGGCCCGUCGGGCGAGCGCGUCGUCGGCGUGUCGACCGAGGCGGCGCGGGCCCUGAUGGCGCAGCGCUUCAGGGCGCUGGCGCCCGUGCGGCUGGCGGCGCUCAGGGAGCGGUACGCUCGCGAGUUCGGCGUGGCGCUGCUGCCCGAGCUGCUGGAGCAGUCCAGCCUGGAGAGCGUGGUGGCGGCGGCGGGCGGGCGCCUGGCGGCCGGCGUGCUGGUGUCGGACGAGUGGGCGAGCGCCGCGCUGGCCGCCGUGGGCGCGCUGGCGGCCGACCGGCGCGUGGCGCGCGGCCCGCGCCCGCCCGACUUCGAGCGGGAGUUCGCGCGGCUGACGGGCGCCGCGCCCGACCUGCGCCGCCUGCAGGACCUGGGCGUGCUGGACUGCCGCGCCGGCUUCCUGCGCGUGAGCGAGCCGUGGCGCGUGCUGUGGCGCGUCGCGCUGAUCCUGCGAGAUUGUUCGAGGCCGGUUCCCCCUAUGGAGAUAUUCUUGGAGUAUACGAAGCGCUACGGACCGUCGUUCCCCGACGCGGAUUUAUUAGGCUUGGACGCGGUAGUGAACUUCCUCCGCAGCAACACGGUAUUCUGCGAGGUCCGCGCGGAGGGCGCCAGUCGCUGGUGCCUCGGGGACGGUAUCAAGGUGCCGGUCGUGAGGGACGUGCUGCCGGUCAGCCGUAUGACGGCCGAGGAGUACUCCGCCUUCGACACUCCGCCCGGACAGAAGGGUUCGCGAGUGUUUGAGUCGCCGAAAGCAAAGUUGGUGUGGUCGUCUCCGCCUGCCAGCGCUCUGCCCCAGCCCACGGCGCUCCUGGGACAAGACAGGCGUCGUAUGAGGCUGGCGGCUCAGUUUGACGCCGCCAAUAUCGUCAGCCAUUCCUAAAGUAUGAGCUGUCUGUCUGUCACAGUGUUUGCAUGAGUCCAGAGUGGAGUCCGGAUCUCCUUUGGUUAGUUGCUCCGGAUCUGCUACGAAUUAUAUAAGUAUGUUGUUUGUGUCCUACAUUUGUGAUGUUCGUAACAAUAAUGUUUUAAAUUUUAUAUAUUUUUGUGUGUUUAUUUAUUAGAAUGUAAGUAAUGCAUUCGUCAAGUUGUUACAGUCAGUGCUAUCAGCGGCUCUAAUCAUUUCAACAUCUAACCUCAAAACCAAUAAGAUUCCUUUUAUUUCAAUAUUUUAGCCUGAUUGAUUUCUUAUUAUUUUCUUUUGUGUACUUGUAAUUUUAGUUUCUCUCGUAUUAUUAUUUAAUAAUCAUUAUUUUUAAUAAUUAUCCAUCUAUGUUUGUUUGUCUAACGGUGCAGCACAAAUCGUCAUAUUCUUGUAACAUUUUUACGAAUGCUUGUAUGUGGUACAAUAAUGUAAGUUGAGGUAUUUAUAUCAUUAAUUAAAUGUGAUCUCUGUAGAAUGUUUUAUCAAAUGAAAUUGGCUUUAAAUUCAUGACCCUUAUACAUUUUAUUUAAUGACUCAAAUUGUCUCCACCUACUAAUUGGAGUAUAGGAAUAUCGCGAUUCGAAUUUAUAAUUUUAGAUAAAAAUUGUAUAUUUUAUAUUAUCGAUAAUAUAUUUAUAUACUAAUCCUGUUAUAGAUUAAGUUUUUCAGUUGUUUUUUUUUUAACUUUGAUUGGCACAAUCUAAGGUCAAUUAAUAGUAUAGUUAUAUUAUUUUGAGUUACAAAUCUAAGACCUCGUCGCUCAAAACGCUCGUGUCUGAUGUGCAAUUGUUUUAUUUUAUCGGGGAACACUGCAAUGGCGUCGCUCCACGCGCAUGAUUAACCAAUUCUCGAGCCAUAGACAGAUUGCGUCGGGAAAGAUUUAUCGAAUACGAACAAAUUGUCUCGGGCUUACACGUCCUUCAUGUGUGAAUAUAUAAGUUCGCGCAUAUACUUAACUAGAACUUAAUAGAUAAUUUUAAAACGGGCGUAAAUUUUGUAUUUGUCCAUGGAACGAACGAAUCUUGGUAGGAGAUAUAAACUGCAUCGUCUACUUAAUUAUGUGAAAUUAAUGAGAAAUGAAAUGAAAUCGAUUUCUACGACUCGAGAAUAUGGCUCUUGAUCAUACUUAUGAGUAUAUUAUAUUUACUAUAGGCUAGUGUACAUUGAGCGGUCACUCCGACAUGUGUUUCAAGGGACGUGCCCCAGUCUUUAACUAUCGCUAAGUAAGCCUAAUUAGUGUAAGUGAUUUUUUGUUUGUGAGGUUUAAAAUUGUACAUCUGUUUCUCUAUACGAAUGUGGCAAUGAAUCAAAAAUACAAUCCUUUCUGUGAUAUUAAUGUACCGGACAGUAUCGUUGCAAUGUUAUGAAAUAAUCUGUUGCGUAGAUACUGUGAUUCUGGAGUGUGUUGUAUUUUUAUAUUUAUUUUGUGUGUGUAGGUAUGGGCGCGGGGCGACCAUAUUGCAUUGGUCAUAUUAAAUGCAACAUUAGUGCAGUUGUUACAUACAUGUAAGCGGGGCCUAGCACUUAUUGUUUAUUUAUUACACUGCCAGACUGCAUUUCACGUUGGCCAAGAUCAUAAACAACCAGUUGCCAAUGAAACACGCUGUGGCGUCACACCGCGCCAUCUGCUGGCGAAUGUCGAGAGCACAAAUGUCAAUGUCAAGUACAGCGUCCGUCACGCGCUGUUCUGGGCGCAGCUUGCAAUGUGCUCUGAACGUGUCAACUGAGUUGUCACUCUAAGAUAGAAGACGCCGCGCCUCGCCACCAGAUGGCGCUCUGUGAGGCUACAUGUUAUAAUUAUUGUAUACUUUACGUACUGGUAUGGAAAAUAGUGAUUAAGAAAUUUUACCGUCGUGACUCAGAAUUUGUAAGAAUUUUUUAUUAUAAUUAAUAUUUUAAAUUUUCUAAAAGCAGAAGAUUGCAAUUUUAAGCCAAUGUUUUUACUUUUGUGACUUAAAUUUAUAAAGUUUAGAUUUUAAGAUAUUUCCAAAUACAGUAAGCGAAGAUGUUUGUAUUUUUUCUACAUCUCAAAUUGUGAUUAUUUUUGUUGUAGGAUGUAUAACUGCUUUUAUGUAUGGAUGUUAAUUCCCUUCGCAUUUUUAGUAAUUUCAGUAGGGGUGUCAAAAUAAAUGUUAUUUUUUGAAGGUU